CAUAUUACAUUUACGAGCGAGGCUGUUGUAAGACAUGGAAAAUAAGUAAAUUAUUUAAAUAAGAAAUAAAAAAUAAAUUUAAUUCUAAGUCCUAACUCAUAAAUUUCACUAAAUUAUAGUAGAUGCUAAAUUAUCCUAAAACCCUAACGUCGACGAUAACCAACAGUGCAACUACCAGCUUCUUAUUCUGAAUCGCUAUGCAUUGUCCAAGGUUUCUGACCACCAUUUCCAAGCAAAGCCCUAAAUCCCUCUUCUUCUUCUCCUCCACCGGCUACUGUCAGCGUGAAACUUACGUAUCUCCGUCACAGUACCGGUUGAUUUCCUCCACCACAUCUGUGGGCUCAUGGAUGGACUCUAUCAAAGGAGUCUUCACUGGCAAAAAGGCGGAUUCUAAAGAGUCUGUGGAAUCAUUCACUCUUCUCUAUUUCGCUGAUUCGUUGAAGAAUGCAAGAAGAGUCGGGUCAUUCAAGCAAUUUAUAGUGGGUCGAAGCAGUGAAGCUACCUUUUCUGAUGCUUUUGAAAAAAUGGAGGGGAUUAUUAGAUAUCUUAAUGCUUUUGAUCCUACCGGAGAGAACCUUCAAACUAGUCAAAAGCAAGAAGCAGCAAAGCACUGUAAUUGCACAAUAGCUGAUGUUGAGAAGGCACUUGCACAGUUUACAUGGGCCAAAGAAGCACAAAAGAAACUUCUGAAGUUAAAGGAAGAAGGAAAACCUGUACCAAAUAGCAUUGCUGAGAUGCAAAAGAUGAUGGGGUCAACUCCUUUAGACCUUGCUAAGUCUAAUUUGGCUAAGAGUGGGCAGUUAAGCAGAAAUGCCCCCUGCCCAUGUGGUUCCAAGAAGAGAUACAAAUGGUGCUGUGGAAAGGAUUCGAAAGUUUAAAAGAUGAAAUGGAAGAAGCGAACUCAGGACUGUGUAUUAGAUAUAAUGAAGAUCCUUGAAGGUGGGAGAAAAUGUCUGCAGUUUCAAUAGCACCCGUUUUUUUGAUUAAUUUUGCAUAAAUGAGUUUUCCUAGGAAUUCCCAAGAACUUUCUCUACCCUCCCUCCCCGCAUACCAUGAGUCUCAAGUGCAUUUUACUCGACUGUUCCAACAUUUAUUUUCACGUUCAUGGUAUGCUACCACUAGAGAAUGUAAAACAGUGGCAUUUACAGAAUUUUGAACCUUAUUGGGGGUUUUAUUUUUCUUCGACAUUAAACUGAAGUUUUAAUAGACAGUCUACGAAUUUUAUGACUGCUUGUUAAUUCAUAAGAAGAUACUGCUGCUUCGUAGAUA